GCGCUCAUCACAUCGCGAUCGCACCCGAGCCCGUCGCUGCCCGCCGCGCCCCAGUGCCUUACGAGGCGCGCUUCGAGACUUACGUGUCGCGUGUAGUUGAUCGUCGUCGCUCCCGAUGUUGUGCUGUGCCCCUGUGACUGUGACUCGGUGACGGUGACCAGCACCUGCCAAUCUCGCUAUAAACACACACCAUGGGGUGCGGCCGCGGACUCUGCACUGCUGACAAAAUCUUCAUCUUCAUCAAUAUUGCCUUUGCGAUGUACAGCGGCGCGCUGCUGGCGACGGCCGCGCGGCUGGCGUGGGACCCCAGCACCUACACCUGGUUCCGCUUCCUGUGCGCGACGCAGUACCGCGUGUCGGCGGCCUACGUGCUGGCGGCCGGCCUGUGGCUCGCCGCGCUCGUGUACAUCGCCGCCGCGGCCGCGCACCGCUCCGCGCGCACCUGUCUGCACAUCUACGCGGCGGGCGUGGCGUGCCUGGCGGUGAGCGAGGUGGCGUACGGCGCGUGGAUGGUCACGUCGCUGGCGGCGUGGUGGCGCAGCGCGCCCGAGGCCGAGCUGGCGCGCCACGGCAUGGACCUGCUGCACGACCUCAAGCCCGCGCUGCUCGCCGUGGAGCGCUACCGCGACGUGGCGCGCCCGCUCUAUGACAUGAUCGAGGAAGUAGAGCGGGAAGCGCCCAACAACGCCUUCGUGAUCGCCGUGUUUGCUGUCAUCGGCAUCAUACUGCAGAUAGCAGCGUUCGUUAUGGCGCGGCGGCUGGCGCGGCGGCCCGACGCGGAGCCCCGCGCGGGCCUGGAGCCCUGCGCCUGCGACUGCGACUGCGACAAGCGCGCCUGCGACGACGACAGCGACAGCGACGCACGCGACGCGCCGCCCGGCUGGCGCAAGAAGGCCAACCUCCGCAUGUACACCAUACUCGAUAAGAUUUUCUAGCAGGACGAAACGACGGCAGCGCGGGCGGAGGCGGCCCCGCGCGCCCCGCGCACCGCGCGCGCCGCGCCCGCCGCGCCCCGCCCCGCGCCCCG